UUGAAUUUGAAAAGGGAACAGAACACAUCAUUUAUCUCUCUGCCACUUCAUAUUCUGUGGUAUUUGAAUCGCAACGCAAAACAAAACAAAGUAAAACCAAAGAAAGCUCACCCAUUGUGAUUCCACACACACACACACACACACACACACACUACACACACGCCGUUAAAAAUAAAAACCCUAGAAAACCCCUCACUCUCUCUAAUAUGGCCAAAAAGAAACUGUCCCACCAAUCUCAUUCCAAACCUCAAACGGAAACGCCACCAAUGGCUACGGCUACCGAUGACAUUGACCCCUCCGUUCAGAUUCAGAACCUCAAAAACCUCAACUCCGUUCUUCUCAAAGAAACCACUCAUCGCAGACAGCAGAUUGAGUCCUUGCAGCUCGCGCUUCACCGUUCCGCAAUUGCUUCCGACGACAACCUCGCCGUCGACCUUCAAAACGACGUCCUUCUCGUUUUCGUUGAGUCCCAGGUUAAAGAAGUCGCCCUUCGUUUCCUCGGAGACAAGAACCAGAGGGAGUACGAGGUUGCGGCUCUUAAGCGCCAAGUGCAUGACCUCGCUUCUCAAGUCCAUAACGAUAAGCGUUCACUCAGCGUGCUGACCCAGGAGAGGGACCAGUUGAAGAACGACGUCGUUGCUGAGUCCAAGCGGUUGGAGGAGACCGCCAGCAGAGAGAGGAAGCUUCUAGAAGAAGCGGAGAAGCUGAGGCUGGAAGGUGAUAAGUUAAUGGAGGAAGUGUCUGAGAAAGAAAGAGUCAUUGUAGAACACAAGAAGGAUAGGGAUUUGGCUGUGAGGGAAUCCCAAGAAUCUCUUAAGGUGAUUGAAAAGUUGAAAGAAGAGAUUGUUCGGGUCAGCAGGGAGAAGAGUGAGACUGUGAAGCUGAACAGUGCUCAAGAGUUGAAAAUCAAUGGCCUUGAACUGGAGUUGAAGCAACUCAGCGAGUCUUUGAGAAAUUCCCGCAAUGAAGAAGGGUUCAUGCGUGAUAAGGUUCUCCAACUGGAAGGGAAUCUUGGCAUUGCCAUGCAGAAGGAAGAGGAGAUGGCAAUGGAGAUGAGUGCAUUGCUGAGAGAGAAGAAGGAGGUGGAAAAGUGUGUUGAGAUGUUAAAGGAGGAAAAGGAUGCUGUUAAUAAGGUUCUCGGUAUGGUUCAGAAGGAGUUGGAGGAGAAGCAACAUGAACUUGAUGAAGCAAUUAGAGUGAGAAGUGAGGUCGAGCAUGUCAAAGUUAACCGCGAGAAUGAAAUUGUUGUGUUGAAAGGAGAAGUGGAUAGGUUGAGGGGUGUUGUGGAUAAGUUGAAGGAGCAAUGCAGGAAAUUUGAAGAGGAAAAUAAGGAGUUGCUUUCUCAAGUGAAUCAUUAUAAAAAUGAUGUUGAUGAAAUGGUGCUUGAGAAGGAUAGCAUCAGAAAGGGGUUUGAAGAGGAGAAAAAGAAAGUGGGCAACUUGGAGUUGCGGGUUGCAGAAGCUGAGGGAAUGAUUGAAAGAAGUGUAGCUGAGUUGGAAGAGAUGAAAAGUGUAGGUGAGAAGCACAUUGAGAAGAUCACUAUGCUCGAACACCGUGUGGAUGUUUUGAUGAAGGAAAAGAGUGCAUUGCAGGGUAGUCUUGUGGAGGCACAACGUGAAUCUGAUGAUUUGAGAGCAAAGGUUGAGUUGUGGUGCACCAAUUCGAGCAAGGCCCUGGCAAAGUUGAAGGGUACUGCUGCACUUGUUUGUCAAUAUAAGGACAGAGGAGAGGAAGUGGUGUCCAAUGAGAAGCUUGUGGAAGGAGAAAUUCAGCCAUAUGUUGAAGAAUUAGAUGCAAUAAAGAAGGCAUUCAAAAGCAAGAAUGAGAUGGUGGAUGACAUGAAGCAACAAGUUGUAUUAAUGAAGAAGACUGUGGCUGAGGCACAUAAAAGUAAGAGCUUAUGGACUGCCAUAUCCUCUGCAACUACAAUUUUUGCUGCUGCCUUAGCUGCUUAUGUUGCUAGAGGACGCUGAAUGGUUGUCCUUUUCUCUUUGUUAGACUCUUGUUACUUUGGUAAGGAUCAAGAUCUGCUCGUUAUAAUAUAUGUUGUGGUUGAGCUACUAUAUAUAUUGGUCCUUAUUAGAGAAUAACAUUUUAAUUUGUACUGAGCCAAAAGCUUGAGGAAAUAUGUCAUGUGCUUACUUAUUAUAAAAUGAACAAUAUGUUGUUUGGGUUAAAUCUGUGUUAUUCUGUUUGUGUUUCGAGAUAAUUGCAAAGAAGCAGUGAGAAAUGAUGUUUGCUGAAAGAGAGCAAUGCAAUUAUCUGGAACUAAAGAUAUAUUCAAUGGGCCAGUCUUUUUAUAGAGAUGUUCUUUAUAAUUUUUAGCUUGAUUAAAACUUUUUGUGGCCUU